GGCGCGCCUACUCGGGACAUUGUGGUAGCGGCGGCGCGGCCCCGGCCAUGGAGCGGGGAGCGCGGCGCUGCGGGGGGCUGCUGGCGGCGGCCUGGCGCAGCCUGUGGGAGCGCGGCCCCAGGGAUGGCGGCGGUGCCCCGGGGGGCCCGGCCCGGCUCUCCCGCUGCCCCGCGGACCCCGGAGGACAGAGGAUCCAAGGGACCAGGCCCUUCUCUUUGUCUGCUGCUGCCAGAGCUGUUUUAGGAGUGGGCAGAUGGGGAGAUGACGGUGGGAAGCAGAAGCUCACCCUGCGGGAUGUGGCAGAGCUCGUUCGGAAGAAGGAGUGUCGCCGAGUGGUGGUGAUGGCUGGCGCUGGGAUUAGCACCCCCAGCGGCAUCCCGGAUUUUAGGUCCCCAGGGAGCGGUCUCUACAGUAACCUUGAGCAGUACGACAUCCCUUACCCAGAAGCCAUCUUCGAACUGAUGUAUUUCUUUGUCAAUCCUAAGCCCUUUUUCACUUUGGCCAAGGAGCUCUACCCUGGCAACUACAGACCCAACUAUGCUCACUAUUUCCUGAGACUCCUGCACGACAAAGGGCUCCUCCUGCGCCUCUACACCCAGAAUAUUGAUGGCCUGGAGAGAGUUGCUGGGAUCCCUCCCGAUAGACUGGUGGAAGCCCACGGCACCUUUGCCACUGCCACUUGUACGGUCUGUCGAAGGAAGUUCCCAGGAGAGGACUUCAGGGGGGAUGUCAUGGCAGACAAGGUCCCUCACUGUCCCGUCUGCACUGGAAUCAUCAAGCCUGACAUUGUGUUCUUUGGCGAGGAGCUCCCGCAGCGCUUCCUCCUACACGUGACGGACUUUCCCAUGGCAGACCUGCUUUUCGUCAUCGGAACGUCCCUGGAGGUGGAGCCCUUUGCCAGCCUGGCAGGAGCUGUUCGCAGCUCUGUUCCCCGAGUUCUGAUCAACCGAGAUCUCGUAGGACCCUUCGCCUGGCAGCAACGCUACAAUGACAUAGCCCAGCUGGGGGACGUGAUCAGUGGGGUUGAGAAGCUGGUGGAGCUGCUGGACUGGAAUGAAGAGAUGCAAACACUAAUUCAGAAGGAAAAGGAAAAGCUGGAUGCAAAAGACAAAUAGGACAGCUGGCUCCCUGCUGCUGGAGUGAUGUUCACCUUGAAAAGAUGUUGUCAUGCCCAGCACAGGCAGAGAAAGACCUUGCCAGGGAGCUGUGGAAGAGGCCGUCCGGCCCUGCAGCAGCAAAUCCACGCAGGCCUGGCACGCUGGGGAGGU